AUGGCUUUCAACCACACCCUCUGUUAUGACGUAGAAAGGAGACCGCUCCACAGUCUCGUCCUACAUCAGCUAGACACGGACUUCAACAUAGACAGAUGUGUUGCCAAGAGGAAGUGUUUUGCCCCUGUGGCGCUGUACAAGCUUGGGGAGCAGGAUGCCUGGGUGAGGAGUAUAUCCCAGUUCCAGGCUCACCAGAACGGGGGGAGGGAGCUGGCCAGUCUUAGGGAGUUGGGGCUCUCAGACCUGGAGAUGGAACUGUGGUUCCCCAGAGACCAGCCUUAAAACAAUGAGAUGGGUCAUGGGGUGGGUGUGUGUGCCCCCGGGGUGCGGCAGCAGCGUCUGCAGGUGAUCCAGGACAAGAUGGCGGCUCGGGCAGCUCCACAUUGCUUCUCAGCCAGCUGACCCCUGUCCCGCAGAGAGAUGGUCGAGUAGGCCCUGUUCCAUGGUAAUGACCACCCGGGCUUCCUCAGUGCACUCUAUCACCAAGAGGAAGAUACCCUGGCUGACCAGUAGGGGGCAUCCUCCUCAGACCUCCUGGACACGCUGUACAGAGAUGGCCCUAGUGAUGGGAGAAAACAGACUGUAUCAGAGAAUUCUGAACUGAAAACCACAGGAGACUCAUCUCUACCUCAGCCCAGACCUUAAACUGAGUUUGACCAAUCACAUACCUCACUGUAA